CAGUGAUAACAGUAUAAGACGUAUAAGACGUGUGGUUUGGAGCUUGGAGGGCUGGAGUGGUUGUAGUUUUGUCGUAGAAGUUGCGAGAUUUGCGACUCUAACUGUCCGGCGUGUUUGUUUAGCUUUUUAAAUUUACAUUUAUGGACGACGAAAUGUUACUACUUGCACAAGAUGAGUUAUUCGUCGGUCUUCAAGUAGCCCAGAACCUGAAAUAGGAUUGGAGAAAUGAGCCGAAAGAAUAGCGAGUGUGAAGAUGAAUGGUCUGAGAUACAGCGACGAUUUGAGAAGGAGGGAUUGGAUUUUGAAAGUCUAUGUGUUGAGGAGCGUGUGCUUCAUGUAUGGCGAUGGCUGGUGGAUGCAGAGAGCAAUUUACGAAGCUCACGCAGGCAGUUGGACAAGUUACGUGAUCUUAGGAGUGAAGAACUGGAGGAGAUGGAGAGCUAUAUUGGGCAUAUUCGAGAUCUUGCAGAAAAGCGUGCUGACAAUCUUGAGUCUGAGACUUUAUCAUUGCGCACAAAGCUUGAGUCUUCACAGCAACAGACUGCAACUCUUGCUACAUUGCUGGAGAAAAGUGGGCUCCACUGUAUUGCAGAAGAGUCACUGGGGGAACAGGUUGCAUUUUUGAUAGCAGACAGAGCAAAACUGAUGGAGGAGAUAGAUAUUUUGAAGAAACUGAAAAUUUCCAAUGGUGUGAAUGGUUUGAGCAAAGAAGGAGAUCUUCUGUCAGAAAUAAUAAAGGUCUCCUCUGAGAAAGAAGUGCUACGCAGAGAGGUUGCAGAGAUGUGUGACCGUGUGCAGCUCUUAGAAAAGGCCUCCAGGCAACUUGAACUGGAUAAUGAAAGACUUGCCUUCAAGUUAUCAGAAGCAUUGGCUGAACUUGAAGAAAGGGAAUCACAAUUAAGACACUUAGUGAAUGGAGGUGACCAUGUGAUACAGUCUGGUAUAAACCUCCUGUGGACAGGGUUCCAGCUUGGAGACUCUCCACGACCACCCUGCAGGAGAAGUUUGUCUCUACAGCAGAAGGGAGACUCCCCUAGGAGCAGUUUCAAGCGUAGUAGCUCACCUCGGUCCGCUUCGAAGAAGAAUCUGAGUGAUCCACUGAAGUCAUACUCACAAGGACCUGUUAAUAAUGGCAGUAUUGAAUUGGAGUGUAUGUCACAUGAGAAGGCAGAUAGUCAGGAGGAAACAGGCACACAGACUGAAGUAGAGCAGGAGGACAACAAGGAGGCUGAACUUCACAAGUCACUCUCCUUAGGAGACAAAGAUGUUGAUGCCAAGUCACACAGUUUUGGUGCUGAUUCUACUCCACCCAGCCUGUUGCUUAGUGGAUUCAGUUCUCCCAAGAAGCUCUCCAGUCUUCUCGACUCACAGAUAGCCGCAUCAAGGAGUGAACUUGUCAGAUUAGAGGAAACCAAGAAGUUGCAGUCAGAGUGUGAGAAUCUGAAGGGACAGUUAUCUGCACUGAGUGAAAAGUACAAUGCUUUAGCAAUGAGGCAUAUACAAUAUAAAUCUAAGCGCAAAGCUCAAGUGGAAGAUCUCAGGAAUAGACUGGAUGUUGAAUUAAGUUCUCUGCAGUGUCAAGUGGAAAAUCUACAGUCACAGUUGACUGUGCAGAGAAAAAUGCUAGCUACAGAGGAGAAUUUCAGGGAGAGAGUUGAAGCAGACUAUAGACAGCUACAAGAGGAGAAGAGAACCCUGGUUGUGAAUGUCAUGCAUUUGGAGGCUUCAGUGCGUGAGAAAGAUAGGGAGUUGUCUAUACUUGGAAAGAAAAUAACACUGUUGGAGAAUGCUAACUCAGACCUUCUUGCCAAGGUACUGCAGCUCAAAUAUGCUUCAGGGCGGCAACAUGGAGCUGUGCCAAAAAGCAACAGCAUUGAAGGUGUUCUGACAGACUUGGUACUUUCCAAGCAAGAAGAUGAGGUUUGCUGGGUUUGUCUGGAUGUAGCUUACCAACUUCGAAAUUUGCUAUGUAUUGGCCACAUAAAUCAGUUGUCUCAUCCACCGAUAUCCAGACACAGUUCCCUCUGAUGUCAGAACGGAUUGACUCCAGAGUAGAUUCAUACAGCAAAGGUAGACAAUUUUUUCUAAGAGUUCAUUCACCUGGGAUUUUUUGAAUUACACAGUAUUUCUCCAGAAAUGAUCACAGAACUGGACUGCUUAAUUUAUUCCAUGGAAUGUUGCUGCAUUCUAAAGCCUUACAAAGAUCAGCAGAAAAUGUAUUAACAGAGGAUUUGAGGUUGACCUGUGUAAGAAGUAGUUGUUGUGGUGUGCUAUUCUUCUUCCCCUUUGUGGUAAUAUGUGCAUUCAUUGAGUGUUGUUCAAGUUGAAAUUUCUUUUCACAUUUUACUUCCUUUGCGCACACUUGACAGUACACGACGACACUGUCUGUUGAAUAGUCACUAUUCCCUGACACCCACCAAAUUUUUAAAUAUCUACUGCUGCACUUUUCUUUAGGCAUUUUCAGUACAUGAACACUUUUUUGAUGCAGACUAUUAAAGUAAAGAGUAACACAUUAACUGAAGAGACUUCUCUCGAGACCAACCCUCUCAUGCUACUGUCUGCUGUGGUGGUCAGAGCAAUCCAGGAAAAUCCCACCCCCUCUCUUUCGAAAUAGCCAAACCAUCUGCUUGUAUUGUAAGUGAUAAAAGUGCUGUUACUCAGAGAGUGGAGAAUGGCAACUGACAAGGGAUGUCCAAAACAGGCAAAACCGAUUUUGUUAGAGAACAUUGAAAUUAUCCUUAAUUCCAAACAUAUAUGCAGAAAUGUUUACAAUAUGCAAUAACGACCAGAAACCCUCAAAAUAUGAAUUUGCAUAUGUGCAUAUGCAUUUUCAAAAAAUCCAGGCCCUACUAAUAACAUGUCCCCCUCUUGUCUCUCUUGAUUUAAUCAUCCUAUCAUUAUGUGAAAAAUACAAAUUAUGAAGCUCUCCAUCAUGCAGCUUCAUGUUUCAUCCUAUUACCUGUUUCUUUCAUUUCUAAUAUUCUCCAUAACACUCUCAGACACUGCAACCUUCUUUUCUUCUCUUAGAGUGAGAGACCAGGUUUCACUACGUUACAAAACAACAUGAGAAAGAAUAGAUGUAUAUUGUCAUGUGUUGGGUAUGCCCACGACAGAUAACUUCACACCAUAUUGGAUAUACUGAAUUUAUUGCACAUUCGCUCUUACAUUUACACAGUUUAAAAUUUUACAACUACUGCCAUCAGCAGUAUCACACUUACUUCUGCUGGAGUCACUGCCAUUCACUUGAUACAACUCGACUCAUAACUCAAUACUCACUACUCAAUCCUUAUGUAGCUUCCGCACUAACAAUGCAGAAACCAGUUAUGUGAUAGCUACCACUGUUGCGUAACGUCGUGUUUACAGGCAUUGCUAGGGAACGCUGCCUAGAGUUGUUUA